UUGUUUAUCGCCAUUAGGAGCGAGCUAAAGAAUUAAAAAUCUAGGCGCGGCGGGGGCAGGGCACCCUCGCCAUCGCCAUCGCCAUCGCCAUCGCCAUGCCUGCCUCUAUCCUCUAUCCUCUAUCCCUCUUCGUCUUCCUCCUGCUCCUGCUCUUUAAUUACCCGGGAACGACGACGAGGCGGGAUGCUGAGUGGAUAGCAGGUCGGUCCCUAAUCGCAGCCGGGGAGGCGGAGCGGCCGGCCGGGGCGAGGAGACCGGCGUCCGUGCAGAGGGGGGCCGCCGCGCCGCGCCGGACUGAGAUGCUGGAGCAAUGUCAGAUUCCAAGGGCGGCGGCGGCGGCGGCAUGGGCGGCAUGAACAUGGUGACCACGGCGAUGGCCUUCUCGGUCAGCGCCUUCUUCGUGCUCUUCGUCUUCACCAGGCUGCUCUGCGCGCGCCUCCACCUGUCCAGGGCCGCCGCGGCCGACGACCGCGCCGCCGGCGACGCCUUCGUCGUCUCGGCCUACAACGUGGAGCGCGGGAUCCACGGGCUGGAGCCCUCCGUGGUGACGACCUUCCCCACCGUCAAGCUCGGCGACGGCGGCCCGCAGCGGCCGCCGGUGCAGGAGGCGCAGUGCACGGUGUGCCUGGAGGAGUACGAGGCCAAGGACGUGGUGCGCGUGCUGCCGGCCUGCGGCCACGCCUUCCACGCGCCCUGCAUCGACGCCUGGCUCCGGCAGCACCCCACCUGCCCGGUCUGCCGCGCCUCCCUGCGCUCCAAGGCCAGCGGCGGCAACCGCGCCGCGGCGCCGGACUACAGCGUCGUCGUCGCCGGCGCCGCCGACGCCGCGAGGGAGGCCUCCUCCCACCAUGUUCCGGCGUCCUCGUCCGACGACACCGCGUCACCGCGGGCGGCCGACGCGGAUGGCCGGCUGGAGAUCAUCACCGAAGAGCCUGCCUCCCCCGACAGCCCGAGCCUUGCCGCCGCCGUCGGUGCCGACCGCCAUUCUCCCUGCGCCGAGACGGCGAGGCAGAGCGGGAGCGCCGCCGCCGCGUCGGAGCAUUGCUAGGUAGCGCACGCUGACACACGCUGUGUUUACAUGGAACGGCCGGAACAGUGUUGUGAAUUGAGAUCGCGACCGUGAUUAGGGGCUAGUCUUUGGGGAAAAUGUAAUCUGGUUUUAACAGGCUUCUUUAUUCUGAUUUCGUGAAGCUCAUUGCGCUUGCUUGUACAGUCUUAGUUGAAAUGAUUGAAGCACUUGUUCUUGUUCUUAC